AAGCUAAACAUUUUCUUAGAUUAGGAUCCUGCGUCUGUUGCAGUGCGAAGAAUGAGGUUGUCAAUGGCAGGGUUUCGAAGCUCAUUGCCCUUUUCUGCACUAAUGAGACAGGUUGAGCAAGAGAUGGAAACUGUGAUCAAGGUGCUGCAGCCUGGACCCUUGGGAAUUAUAGAACACAAGUUUUCCGCUGACGAAAUUCGCAAGGCUAAUGCUACGGUUUCUAAAGCAGUGGCCAAUUGGCGAACCAAUGCAAUCCUCCAAGAUAGCAAUCACGUUUUAAAAGAUUAUAUUCACAACAAGUGAAGCAAAUUUUAGUUUCACCCCCCGAAUUUUGACCCAAGGUUACUUCAAUUUUCCUUUGGUUUGUGUGUGUGCGCGCCUAUUUGUUUAAAUGUAUUAUCGUUAUUGAGAUGUUUCAGUGUUGUAAAUGCUGGUUACUUGAUUAUAAGUUUGUAUAGAAUGAUUCAAUAAUAUCUGAACUUUGGUAUGAUUGUUAAUUAUGUUUACGAGAAUUUGAUGAUGUGGUGUUGGGGUUGGUACACAUUGCAAGUAAUGUUGAUUCAUUCGUGAA